GCGCGCUCUGGUCAUCUGUCAAAAUGCUUCUGGCCAUGGUCCUUACUUCUGCGCUUCUGCUGUGCUCCGUGGCCGGCCACGGGUGUCCAACAUUAGUGGGCAUCAGGGACAUCAACUACCUGAUUGACAAGAUGAAGGAAGAUCCAUCUUCGAAGUGCAACUGCAGAGCUAAUGUGACCAGUUGUCUCUGUCUGCCCAUUCCUUCUGACAACUGCACCAGACCAUGCUUCAAGGAGGGGCUGUCUCAGAUGACCAAUACCACAGUGCAAACGAGAUACUCGCUGAUUUUCAGUCGGGUGAAAAAAUCCGUUGAAGUACUAGAGAACAAGAAGUGUCCAUAUUUCUCCUGUGAACAGCCAUGCAACCAAACCGUGGCAGGCAAUGUGCUGACAUUUCUGAAGAGCCUCCUAGAAGUUUUCCAGAAAGAAAAGAUGAGAGGAAUGGGAGGCAAAAUAUGA